AUGGCUGACAUCUGGGUACCGCGAGCUAAGGGUUGUGGUGUCCCACCAAACGUUACGUUCGAAGUCGACGACGUUGAACAGGAGUGGGCAUACAACAUGCCGUUCGAUUACAUUCAUUGUCGGUAUAUGGCGGGCUCCAUCAAAGACUGGCCUCGGCUCGUGAAGCAAGUGUUCCAGCACACCAAACCAGGCGGCUGGGUCGAGUUCCAGGACUUUGAGAUGCGGUGGUACACACACAGCGGGGAGUUCAAGUCCGGCUCCCCACUGGACCAAUGGUGCACGGAGAUCAUCGAGGGCAUCAAAAGCACGGGACUGGAGCCGGAGCCCGGACCGAAACUGCAAGGCUGGGUGCGCGACGCCGGGUUCACGAAAAUCAAGCAUCAGCUCUUCCCCAUCCCGACGGGGACGUGGCCCAAGAACAAGAAGCUCAAGGAGAUCGGCGCAUUCGACCUUGUGCAGUUCCUCGACGGCAUGGAGAAUAUGUCCAUGCGGGUUUUGACUUCGCUGAGAGGCUACACGAAAGACGAGGUAGUCGUCUUGCUGGCGAGCUUGAGGAAUGACCUGCGAAAUCCCAGGUUGCAAGUCCAGCAUAAUUAG